CCAUAAGAGAAAAAGAAAAAAAAAAAUAUAUAUAUAUAUAUGAACUGAAGAAGAAACAAAUACUUACAGUAUCAUCAUCAAUGGCGGCAUCAAAGAGUUAUUUCGCAAGAGCAACGAACUACAGGUUCCUUUCAAGUGACCGUAACGUCGUUCCAGUAACAUCCGAUUUCGAGUUCGACGAAUCAGAGGUCUGGAACAACAACAACAACGCGCCUUCGGCGGCGCGUGCGUCGUCACCGUUGAGGAUUUCUAAAAAGCCGGCGCGUGAUCGGAGCGUUACAGCGGCGGCGGCGGCCUCGUUGCCGGUGAAUGUGCCGGAUUGGUCGAAGAUAUUGAAGGAUGAGUAUAGAGAGAAUAAGAGAAGAGAUGAUGAUGAUGAUUUUGAAGGAGGUGAUGACGUGGAUGAUAGGAUACCGCCACAUGAGUUUAUAGCGAGGCAAUUAGCGAGGACGAGAAUUGCAUCGUUUUCUGUGCAUGAAGGAAUUGGAAGGACUUUAAAAGGAAGAGAUCUGAGUAGAGUUAGAAAUGCUAUUUUUGAGAAAACUGGAUUUCAGGAUUGAUUGAUCUAACAGUGAGAAAUUAAUAUCUACUUUUUUUUUUUUUUUUUUUUUUUUACCUACCUAUUUUUGAGAUGGUGAAGCGGUAUGAGUUGGAAUUCUAACGUUUUUUUUCGAAAUUUUGAGAGGAAAUCAAUUCGAAAAAGACAAAUUUCACUUC